AGACUCAUUGUGAAUACGCAUAUCUACGCAUAUAGACUGUAGAACAUUGACUUCACUUCGAUUGGCUGUUAACCACAAAUUAUCUAUAUGGAUACGACCACGUCGCAAUCUCACCCCGCUCAUGCAUAAUUCCUGCCUGAAUACAUGUGAACCUCCUUCAUUCUACGCACCAUACAAUGGACGCAAUCUAUAAUUCAUCGAUACUUGCAGUAUCUUCAGGAACUUCCAAGUUCUCAAGUAAUUUGACUAGUAUCAUAUCUUUCCUGGCGACCAUCGUCGGAGUAUUUUAUUUCUCAAUGCUUCUAUGGGUUGUCAAUCUCUUUCGAACGCAACCUCGAGUGUUCAAAAGGGACUACAGUCGACAUCUACAACGCUAUGCUCCUUGUGAGUUAUGUCUACUCUUUGCUCGUACUGCAGCGUUUUCUUGUGACUUAGUAAUAAUCGCAACUUCUGGAGUCGUUUAUGUUUUCAUGGUAAUCAAUAGCCUUGUCGAGGCAGCUUGCGCUUCCUGGCUACUCGUCCAAUAUAUCCAUCAGCAAUCAUUCCCUGAUUCUCCAAGUCGAUCUGCCCUCCAGCUCAUUAUAUUCUGCUCAUGUUGGACAUUAUUUACCGCCGGAUUUCUCACAAUCUUGUUCAUGCAUCCAACUUGGUCGACACAUCCUGUCGCUUCAGUGGGGUCUCAAACCAUUUGGGUGAUCGUGACCUCGGGGUUAUGGGUCGCCGGGGUCACAAUUCUGGCUUGCGAAUUGCCAGCCCAAUGCAUCUCAGUUGCAUAUUGCGGCCAAAUUCGAGCUUUAUUCGCUUUCUCCUUAUUAGAGACAAUUGUGUUAAUGGGUGCCAUGCUCACGAUACUCUGGAUAGUAAGACAAUCCGUUCGUGAAGCUCUAAAGCGUGUUUCAAGGCAGCUUGUCGUAUCUGUGAUGUCGAGCAGGUAGUAACGAGCAUGCAGCUAUCUAUCUCCAGACUCCAGCAAGAUGCACAGCUUGGGCCUCACGACAAACACACCGUUCUUAUUCACAUCAUUCACUCACUGAAAUGUCGGAAACGGUUUAAUUUUUUUUCUUUGCCCGGGCCAAACAACUUAUUUCAUCUACAUAAGCUCGAUGCGAAUUCAGGCUCUGUAUGAUCGACUGUUGAA